ACCCCUCUGCCCAAGGCUCAGCUUUACCCCUUCAUUCCUGACUCCUCAGCCUCCCUCCCACCCUGAGUGGGACAAUGGAGAACGGGACAUUGAGGUCAGUCCAUAACAGCUCCUCUCUGCCCGUUCCUUCCUCCUCACAUUUUUCCUCCACUUGAGAGUGGGUCUUCUCCAUGGUCUGCAGUCCUUCAGGAAAAAUCUGUUCCAGUGUGGGCUCUCCACUGGCUGCAGUCCCUUCAGAAAAUAGUCAACUGCUCCAGGAUGGAGUCCUCCAUGGUUACACUGUGGAUACCAGCUCCACAGAUCAUGGGGUGGCUGAGGCGGGAAGGGACCUCUAGGGCCAUCUGGUGCACCCCCUGCUCAAGCAGGGCUACCCAGGGCUGCUUGCCCAGGACCACGUCCAGGUGGUUCUGAAGAUCCCCAAGGAGGAGACCCCACAGCCUCUGUGGGCAGCCUGUGCCAGGGCUCUGUCACUUGCACAGUGAAGGGAGCGUUUCCUGAUGGUCAGGGGGAACCUCCUGCGUUCCAGUUUGUGCCCACUGCCUCUUGUCCUGGCACUGGGCACCGCUGCACAGAGCCUGGCUCUGUCCUCCUUGCCUUCAGGGAUUUAUACACACUGAUGGAUGCCCUUUGGCUCUCUCCAUGCUGACCAGCCCCAGCUCGCUCAGCCUCCCCCACAGGCGAGGCGCUCCAGCACUCCCGGUGUGCUGAGCAGGGAAGGACCAGCUCCAUCCCCCUGCCGGCAGCACGGUGCCUAACGCCCCCCAGGCAACCAUUAGCCUUUUCAGUGGCCAGGGCACUCCUCAGGCUCGUGUCCAGCCGGGUGCCCACCACCCCUCAAACCCCCUGCGCCCCCCCAGCCGCCCCCUGGCAGCAGCCCCCGCUGCCCUCAGCCGCCACCACAGCCAGCAGGUCGCGCAGGCGCAGUGGCGGCGGUGUCGCCAUGGCGGAGCCGGCGGUGGCGGCGGUGAGUGAUGUGGAAACCACCUGUUCUGUGUGAGACAGAAGAAAUAAAACAUUUGGUAACAGGAAGAAACAAAAGAUCUGAUAAAUGGAAGCCAUGAAGAUAUCAAAGCGGUUCUUUGCUUUUGGGAUUUUGGCAUGCAUUGCUAUUUAUGUCGCAUACAUGAAAUGGCACUUGGAUUCCAAACCGGUUGUGGGAGCAACAGAAGGAGUUGCUGAAAGCAGGAGAGACAAACUGAGCCAUCAAGCACUGACCACAGACCUCUCGGUCUUUUAUGGAAUCAUGUUUGAUGCAGGAAGCACAGGAACCCGCAUCCAUAUUUUUAAAUUUACACAGCAGCCUAAAGAGACUCCCAAAUUAACCCAUGAGACGUUUAAAGCGCUGAAGCCGGGCCUGUCUGCAUAUGCUGAUGAUGUCGAAAAGAGUGGCCAGGGAAUAAAAGAGCUCCUGGAGGUGGCAAAGAAGGAAGUUCCUAUGGAGCUGUGGAAGUUUACUCCUCUGGUCCUGAAAGCGACAGCUGGCCUACGGUUGCUGCCGGGAGAAAAGGCUCAGAAAUUGCUGGAUAAGGUGAAGGAGAUUUUUCAGGCUUCCCCCUUCUUUGUGAGGGACAACUGUGUGUCAAUAAUGAACGGAACUGAUGAAGGUAUUUCAGCCUGGAUCACAAUAAAUUUUUUAACAGGUAGCUUAGAUGACCCGCAGAAGAGAAGUGUAGGAAUGCUGGAUUUGGGUGGCGGAUCAACACAGAUCACCUUCCUCCCACACACCGAGGCAACUCUCCAGACAUCACCAGCUGGCCAUACAACUUCAUUUCAGAUGUUUAACAGCACCUACAAGCUGUAUUCAUACAGUUACCUGGGACUCGGGCUGAUGUCAGCAAGGCUCGCCAUUUUAGGAGGAGUUGAGGGAAAACCCUUAGGGGAAGGUGAGGAAUUGAUCAGCCCUUGUUUACCACCCGGUUUCAAAUCUGAAUGGCAACAUGCUGAAAUAGUGUACAAAAUUAAAGGACAGAAGGCAGGUGAGCCUCUGUAUGAGUCUUGUUCUAACAAAGUGGCGAAGAUGCUCUACAAGAAAGUGCAUAAAGCUGAGGAAGUGAAGGACUUGGAUUUUUACGCUUUCUCUUACUACUAUGACCGUGCAGCAGAGGUUGGUCUCAUAGAUAAAGAAAAAGGAGGAAGCUUAACUGUCAAUGACUUUGAAAUUGCAGCUAAGUAUGUGUGUAAAACCAUGGAAAUCAGCCCUGGAAGCAGCCCUUUUCUAUGCAUGGACCUCACAUACAUCACCUUCCUCCUGCAAGAACUGGGCUUCCCGAAGACCCAAGUCUUUAAGCUUGCCCGGAAAAUCAACAAUGUUGAAACAAGCUGGGCAUUGGGAGCCACUUUCCAUUACAUCGACUCACUCAAUAGACUGCAGUACUAAAGCUCUUGAAGGCAAUUUUGGGAACCUCAGGUUCUGGAAAACCAACACAGGAGAAUCUGUAGAAUGGGUCUGGUUUUGGCUUCCGGAGUCCUUUGGGACGUUACCAUAAGCUAGGCCCCUUCCCUCCCACCCCCUGUGAGGUCCCCUCCAUCACUUGCUCUUUUUUACAAUGCACAGUGCAGUAUCUAAAGAAGCCUUGAUUGUACAGCAUCUGCAGUCAACUUGAUGCAAAACUGGAUCAUCAUUGAAGGAAAACCAGGACACCUGCAGGACAUCUAUGAUCUCUAUGAGAAAACCACACCUUUUUGGAAUAUGCCUGUACUAUUUGCUUGUACUGUGCUGGUCAGCGUAGGAAAUAGUCACUCCAGAGGGAACUCUUUACUGUCCUGAUUUCAGGGUGUUUUUUCCUGUUUGUCAGCAGUUUCCAGUGAUAAUUAUUUUUAUUUUACUACUUACAUGUUUGAAAAUGAACUCAUCCGUAUGUGUGAAGACAAUGCAUUUACAUGGCUGUGCUGCUGACAGGCUGCAGCUGAGAAAUGCUGUGUGGAAGUUUCAGCUCUGCUUUUCACUUGCUGGACUAGCAAAGCUCAGGAGCACUAUUGAAGCUGGAUACAAACAGGUAUGAAUCAGAGCCUGUAUGCCCUGUAGGGUUAAUGCCUACAGCCUCAAGUUGGUAUGUUGGCUGUUGGGAGUUUGGUGGUGGAAGACAACACCAGAUGUGCUGGAUCAAGAUGAGCACGGUCUGGAAGUUUGGUACAGGGCUAAGGAUGGAAUUGACAGUUUUGGAGUAGGUCAGCAUAAGAUCCAUAAACAAGAUGCAGCCACAAAAAAGAAACCCUGAGCACAGCUUAUUGGACCUCACAGGCAUUUGUGCCUUGGCAAGGCUUAUGCAGGGCCCAGGAUAAAUGGUGUUUUGGGUGCCACUUCCUGCAGAUGCAUCUCACUUUGAUAAAUGAAUGUAUUGUCGUUGCACUGAGCUGUGGCAGGGUAGCUGCAAUGCACCACUCCAGCAGUGCCCUGGACACAGGCUGGAAGUGAUCUCAGAGGCAGCACGAGCUGGAGAGCACAUGCUGCGCUGCUUGUAAUCCGACCGUGGAAUUGUGUUGUAUUUGUAUGGAUAUUUAGGCAGACCUGAGUGGUCAUUAGGGGCUGUAAAAGAGCACAGCCUGCAGGAGAGCCAGCAGUGUGUGCCCUGGUGCAUGGGCUCUCUUGGACUUAGCCCUGUCCUUUCCCCGGGGCAGCGAGACACCAUAUAGGUGUGCAUGGCUGCUGGCUCUGCAGCUGAGCCUGUGGGGGACAUGUGAACCCCACCCUACUGACAAUAAAACUACAAUU